GCCGAAGUGUUGUCAAGGUUGAAAGGAAGCUGUGCCCCGUGUCGUCUGUGUGUUCCGCAAGCCGUACAUGUGUUUGUCGCCGGCUUCGUUGAACCUGGAUUGACUGAGCGCGCCCGGGUCUUCACCAUCAGAGGCUUCUCCUGUUUAUGGGAGGAAACGCGGCGUCCGCCAUGCCGUCGCCCGUGAUCGUAGCCGCCACCGCCAAGCACACCGCCACUGUUAUCUUUCUUCACGGCCUGGGAGAUACAGGGUUGGGCUGGUCAUCUGUAUUUGAAGCAAUACGUCAGCCACAUGUCAAGUACAUAUGCCCUACAGCGCCAGUCAUCCCUGUCACUCUCAAUGGAGGCAUGCGAAUGACUGCAUGGUUCGACCUCUGCUCUCUGGACCCCAAUGGCAGAGAAGAUGAGGCUGGCAUCAAAGCUGCGGCUGAAGGAAUCCACAGGCUCAUAGCUGAUGAAGAGAAGUCGGGCAUCCCCUCGGACCGCAUCGUGCUUGGCGGCUUCAGCAUGGGUGGAGCACUGGCGCUCUACUCUGGCCUGCGCUACCCCAAGCCCCUGGCCGGCAUCCUGGGUCUCAGCUGCUGGCUGCCACUUUUCAAGCACUUUCCUGCGGCAGCGGUUGGCAACCACAACACACCAAUCAUGAUGUGCCACGGAGAUUGUGAUGACCUGGUGCCCAUGCGCUGGGGCCAGAUGACAGCCGACCUCCUUAAGACAUUCGCCAAGGACAUCACCUUCCGGCAGUACAAAGGGAUGGGCCAUUCCUCGUGCGAGGAGGAAACGCAAGACAUCGCUGCUUACUUACAGUCGAGGCUGCCACCCAAGUAGUAGGUCCAAGUCCGAAAGCACAGAGUGAAGAAGACCUUUGUCCGCACGGCAGAGUUUGCGAAGAGAAGUGCUUCCGGCUUGCAUCGCAACGUCUGCCUCGUGUCUAAGCACAAUUUUCUUUUCUUUUUUUUUUCUUGUUUAUAAAUUCUGUUCAUUCCAAGCUCUCUCUUCUGGUACGAGUGCUUUGAGAAAGAAGAAAAAAAGUAUAGAUGGCGCUUUCAAGCGUACACUGCACCUAGUUUUUUGCCAGAUAGGCUUGGUGAAAGGAAGAAUAAAGAAAAGCGUUGUGAUGGC